AUGGGUAGCAGGCUGGGCCGCCGCGUGCUCCACUUCGCCAACCUCCCCAUCAAGCUCAUGCUCCCCCCGGCCCCCCUGACCUCCGUCCAGGAGUUCGCUGUGAGGACCGUCCCCUCCGCCUCCAAGGUCGACAUCCGCCGCUGCCUCGAGUCCGUCUACGGCUUCAACAUCGCCGAAGUCCGCACCCUCAACAUGGAGGGCAAGAAGCACCGCCGGGGACCCUUCCUCGCCGCCAAGCCAGACUACAAGAAGGCCUACGUCACUCUUCAGGCCCCGCUCUCCGUUUCCCCCGACAUCUUCCCCAUCGGCGCGAUCCUCGGGGAGAGGGAGCGGAAGGCCAGCGCAGCCGCGGCGAGGAGGAAGGUUGUGGAAGGGGCAGAGGUCGAGGGGGAGAGGGAGGGGAAGGGGAAACAUUGGAUGGAGGACGAGAGGGAGGGCUUCUCCAGGGCUGGAUGCGGCAAGAUCGUGUAUGGAAACCCUGGGAGGCUGGGGAACAAGAGGAGGGGACGUGCCGGGGCGAAUGAGCAAGCUGACGAAAAGGGGGGAAACUUCCCGUGGAACGGGAUGGGGCUGGCUACCGAGAAACCUGCUAGGAAAAGACACUAUCCUCCCAAGGCACAGGGAGGCAUGGUCUUGAAGCAGAGAUCACACAGGGGAUCAGCGCUGCGUGGAGAGAGUUGA